AUGACGGGUUUGGAGGAAGCGCUGGAGCACGCUGGUGGGAACGGCAAAGCCGACUCGGGUAUUUCGAUUCAGACCUUUCUAGCGUCGCUGGCGACGGCUACUGUCGUUUUCGUGGUCGAGUUUCUGCUCUUUCUACUACUGAAAGGCAAAUUGACCCGCAUAUAUCAGCCGCGAACUUAUCUAGUUCCAGAUCGAGAACGAACCGAGCCAUCACCACCGGGCCUCUUUCGUUGGAUUGGCCCGGUGUUUCGAACUUCCAGCUCAGAAUUUAUCCAGAAAUGCGGUCUAGACGCAUACUUCUUUCUGCGCUAUCUGCGCAUGUUACUUAAGAUCUUCGUCCCUCUCGGGCUGAUGAUUAUACCCGUCCUGAUUCCAAUCAACCGUGUUGGUGGGAAGGGCACAAGUCGUAAAAAUGCGACGGACUCAUCGUCUUCAUGGGACGUGACUGGCUUGGACCAGCUGGCCUGGGGAAACGUUAAACCCGAGCAUACUAGUCGGUAUUGGGCUCACCUUGUCAUGGCGGUUCUCGUCAUCGUCUAUGUCUGCGCCAUUUUUUUCGAUGAAUUGCGAGGCUAUAUCCGCUUACGACAGGCUUAUAUGACCUCCCCGCAACAUCGACUUCGUGCAUCGGCGACCACCGUGUUAGUUACGGCUAUUCCGCCUGGUUGGCAUGACGUUGACUCCCUCGAUUCUCUCUUCGACGUCUUCCCUGGUGGAGUUCGAAACAUUUGGAUCAAUCGCAAUUUUGAUGACUUGAACGAAAAAGUCAAAGCGCGACAGAAACUCGCGCUCACACUUGAAUCCGCCGAGACGGAACUUAUCUCCAAGUGCAAAAAGGCCGCGCUGAAGAAAGUGAAGGCCGAGGCAAAAGAAUCCGGGAAGAGCAAAUCCAAGGCUGAGGUUAAAGAAAAGAUAGCCACUGACCAGCGUGCGGCUGAAGUUGCGCUGGGACCCGGUGUCAGUUCUGGUGAUCCCCAUCAGGCGCACACGCUACGCGACGUUCUUCACCGACAACCCGACAACCACAAUCGAAACACGUCUGAUGAAUCGAGGACCGGCGUAGUGUUUCCACUCGCAGCCGUUGGUGCUGUUGGCCAAGGUGUCGGCAAACUGGGGAAGUCGGUGCUGGGCGGCCUCAAGAAGGUUGAAGUUGGGUUUGACAGCACUUUAACACGGACGGGCGGCUACGUCGACACUAUGGAGGACACGGUGCCACCUCGAACCGGCACCAAGCCGCCAAAUAAUGAAGAUUUCCACAUCAAUGAAUUUUCUCUUGAACGUCCUUCCUCCGCCAUGAAGCUUCCUACUCCCGAGCCCCCAACUGCCAGCUCUGUGUGUCAAGAUACGAAGCAGGCACCGAGGCGUCCGUCUUGGAAGCAGCGGCUAUCUUCCCACACCUCGAAAUGUUCUGCGCCAGAAGCCGAUGAGUAUCCUCUUACUGGUCCCGAUACACCUGUCGAUAAUGGACCCCGUCGUGAAUCGGCCAAGUCAUCUAAGAAGGCUGAUAAGAAGAAAGACAAUCGGAAAAGUCUCAAAGAGGGUGAUAAAGUGGAAGGAGAGCAAUAUCCUGUCGCUUACAAUGAGGACUUUGACAACGAAGACUACGGGGAGCCGAUGUGGCAGAGGUACAUUCGCCAGAAAGACCGAGACACUCAUCGCCUUCCUAUCUUUGGGUGGAGUUGGAUGCCUUCGCUCUGGCUCAUCGGGAAAAAAGUUGAUACAAUUGACUACUGUCGCAAGGAGCUUGCUAGGCUAAAUCUCGAGAUCGAGGUCGAUCAGCAGCACCCGGAACGAUUCCCGCUGAUGAACUCGGCAUUCAUCCAGUUCAACCACCAAGUCGCUGCACACAUGGCAUGUCAGUCCGUUGCUCACCAUCUGCCUAAACAAAUGGCACCCCGGGUUGUCGAAAUCUCUCCCGACGACGUCAUCUGGGACAACAUGUCUAUCAAGUGGUGGGAACGCUAUCUGCGCACCUUCGGUAUCAUCACCCUGGUUUGUGCCAUGGUUGUUGGAUGGGCAUUCCCUGUUGCCUUCACUGGCCUUCUUUCUCAGUUGACAUACCUAGAAGGGGCGUUUCCAUUCCUGGCUUGGAUCAGCAAGCUGCCGAAAUGGUUUAUAUCUGCUGUUCAGGGUAUUCUACCCGCGGCUUGUUUGGCCAUCCUGAUGGCACUCCUACCCUUGACCCUUCGUUUUCUGUGUCGUACUCAGGGUCUGCACACGGGUAUGGAAAUUGAACUGACAGUUCAGAACUACUAUUUUGCAUUUUUGUUUGUCCAGUUGUUCUUGGUUGUCACGAUUGCAUCCAGUUUCAGUACUAUCAUCGACAAUAUCACUAAUGUGACCAGCUGGCCGGAAAUGUUGGCCAACAAUAUCCCCAAGUCAAGCAACUACUUCUUCUCCUACAUGAUUCUUCAGGCUAUGUCUGUGAGUGCCGGUGCGCUUGUGCAGAUUGUUCAUCUGAUCAGCUGGUUUAUUCUCGCUCCCAUCCUGGACAAAACUGCUCGGAAGAAAUGGGCUCGGACGACCAACCUCAAUCAAAUGCAUUGGGGUACUUUCUUCCCCAUGUACACGACGCUUGCCUCUGUUGGUUUAAUCUACUCCGUGGUUGCGCCCUUAAUUCUUGUGUUUAAUAUCAUCACAUUCAGCUUGUUCUGGUUCGUUUAUCGCUACAACACGCUCUACGUUACAAAGUUCCGCUUCGACACCGGCGGUCUUCUAUUUCCUCGUGCCAUCAAUCAGCUCUUCACUGGAUUGUAUGUUAUGGAAUUGUGUCUGAUCGGCCUCUUCUUCCUGGUCGAGAAUGAGAAAGGUGAAGUGGCCUGCAAAGGCCAGGCCAUUAUCAUGAUUGUCGUUACGGUUUUGACCAUCGGAUACCAAAUCCUUCUUACCGACGCAUUCGGACCUUUAAUUCGGUAUCUGCCUAUCACCUUGGAAGAAGCAGCCGUUCGCCGUGACGCAGAGUUUGAGCGUGCUCAACACGCCCGGCUUGGACUCGCCAUUGACGAUGGUGAAGAAGAGGAUGAUCGUCUCGAGAGCCGCCUCGCCAAACAAGAACAGCAAGAACACAACCAGGGCCAGGAUGAAGAUGAGCGUGGUCGAGAUAUUGAGUUGAACAACUUGGAGACCGAUCGAAGGGCUCAGCUGAAUCGCAACAACUCAAGUGGCCUACUUUCGACGCCCCGAAGUGGCACCAAGCGACCUUCGUGGGCCGAUCGCUCCCCAAAUCGAAAGUCCAAGUUCUUUGGUGUCAAUUCAGCCGGCGCCAGCCCAACUAUCCAAGCCCUGCGCGAGAAGAUGGCACAGGACACGGAGGCCCAAGGGCCUCCUACCAACGCAGUCGGCCAUGCCCUAUUUGCAGGCAUUCAUGAUGAACUGGAGGAUUUGACACCAGAUGAACGUGACCAAUUGGUGCAACGUGCCUUCCAACACGAAGCUCUCCGUGCCAAGCGCCCAGUCAUCUGGAUUCCUCGUGAUGAUUUAGGAGUCAGUGACGACGAGAUCUACCGGACACAGCGUUUCAGCAAGCACAUCUGGGUGAGUAACGAGUACCAAGCCCUGGACGGCAAAUGCCGCACGAUCUUCAGUCGCAGUCCGCCAGAUUUCUCCGAGAUAGACUUGAUUCAGUUGUGA